AUGACUGAAUCAUUGAGCAACCGUCUACAAAUUCAACUCCGCUCAGCAGACGCAAAAGUCCCAACUAAGGGCUCCAGCACAGCUGCUGGUUACGAUAUCUACGCAUCUCAACCAUGCGUUAUCCCAGCUAGAGGCAGAGGCAUCGCAAAAACUGACAUAUCAUUCACUGUUCCAGUUGGAACCUACGGAAGAAUCGCUCCAAGAUCAGGUCUAGCGGUGAAACACGGCAUACAAACAGGAGCAGGCGUGGUUGACAGAGACUACACUGGAGAAGUAGGUGUUGUGCUAUUCAACCACUCCGAUGAAGAUUUCCAGAUCAACAAAGGUGACCGUGUAGCACAGUUGAUCUUAGAGAAGAUCGUCGAUGAUGCAGAGAUUGCAGUCGUAGAAACCCUACAACAAACCGAACGUGGUGCAGGUGGCUUUGGAUCGACCGGCAAAAACUAG